AUGUACGGUGCCGGUGGCGGUGGUUACUACUACACACCUCAAUACGCUCCGCCCAUUCAACAACAGUAUCCACCUACCGUACCCCUACAGUACCCCCAACAAUACGCCCCUCAGCUACAGUAUGCUCCUCCCCAACCACUACAGUAUGCUUACGCUGUCGCCCCGCCCCCUCCGACUCCGCCCCCUCUUCGACCAGAACUACAGUAUCCCGCACAGGAACAGUACCGCCCACCGCCGUCACCGACUCCUGUGAAUUGUACACGAAUUUAUGGAAUUAUAAUUGGAUUGUCGAAAGACGGAAACGCAAAUUAUUUAUUCUAUUCGCAAGAAGUCGGUGGAUUGGCUUAUAUUGAUAAGAAUGUCAAAGAGUUGCAUAUUGGAAGAUGGCUACAACUCGUAGUACAAUCGCCCGAAUUCCACGGUGAAUUCAUAUUGGAUAACACGAAUUGUGUGGGAUUCGAGAUCCGUGAUACACUGCCCGAUCCGAUGUACGCGUCGGCAAAAUUCUAUCCGUCGAGACACGAUCCGAAUAAUGGAGAACUUAUAAUAACAGCCCGAUUCAGUAUCCACGCGAAUCACCAAACGAUGAAGUUCGAUGUGCACAGUUACGACAUUGAAUUCUUGCAUAUAAUCGAUGAUUUUCAAAUGAUCAAAGGAUCCGAUCAGUUUUAUGAUGGACGCAGUUUCAUUGUCGAGGCGCAAGCAUCACUCGGCGGUUGGUUGGUUCUGAGAGUACACGAAGAUUCGAAUCGUCAAUUCAGUUGUGAUGCUCUAUUGUAUCCAAUCAUCGACUUCAACGUUCAAUUUUUGGAGGAUUGCUGUCCGGCACUGAUUCCGAUUAUGACUGGCGACGGAUGGCCACAUCCACCACAAGGCGCACCACAACAACCGGUUUUUCAUGAGGAGGCGGGUCAUUUCGGGGAAAUUCACCCAUCAUCCUCUGCCAACUCUUAUCUCGCCCCAUCUCAAAUUGAGCUCCAAGAAAUCACUGAGAGCAUGAGUGCCACGUCGAUUUCACAGCAGGCUCCGCCCACCACUCAAAUGGCUCCGCCCCCUCCACCACAACCAACUGUUGACGUCACUGGAGAUUCAGAUGAGGAGAUAGACGACGAGGAUUCUGAAGGAACGAUGGGAACGGCGACGAUUCCGGCGAAAGAAUACAUGAAAGAUGUCGCUGGAAAGAUGUAUCAACGGUUGAUUGAUGAGAGACCGUUGACUGGGCAAACGCCACAAUCCGCCCUGUGUGUCGUCGUCCAACAGAUCGACAAAUGCGCUCUACUGUACACGGCGAAACGAGACGUUCAAAAUGUGUUAUUAUACGAGAAGAAGUGCGAGGGACUCCCCAAUGGACGGUCCCUUGAACUCGGCACGAUUGCAUUCUUCGAAAUUUUGCCACGUUUAAUGGAGACGCAGGACGAAUUGUUGCCGAGAGCACCGUAUUCACAUAUUGCUGUCCGAAUGAAGCCAUCCACCCCCGAAUCUCUCGAAAAAAUCGCUCGUUUCCAACAAAAAGUUCGUUGUUUCGGAGGUCUAAUUGAGAUGAAAGUGAGAAUUGCUCUGACUCAACCGAAUACAGUGUCAAUAUAUCAUCCGAAAGACGAAGAAUUGGUGAAUGGAGACGAUAAAACAUUCUAUUAUCUGAAAGCGACGAACGGAGUGAUCGUAUCGAUUCCAUCCGAACGAUUGGAACCACAUUUGGACGCGAAUUUUCAGGCGGAAUUCGAUUUGAUCGCGUGGGUUACUUAUCGAAAAGCGAUUGGAAAAGUUCAGAUGCAUAUCGGACGGAAUGGAGAGGCGAGUCGAAAGUGGACGAAUGGAAGGAUCGAUGAGUUGCCACCGCUUUCAGCAAACAGCUAUUUGAUGAAUGCACUUUCAUCUGUCAACUGGCAGAAGUUUCUCAUUAAUCAUCAUUUGAAAUGGAUUCAGAAGGGAAUCACGUUGGUGGUGGUACAAAAAACUUAUAUGAUAGAUUCCAAAAAAUGA